CCUCAGAGAUCUGGAUCGCCGGUGCUAUCGGAACCGUCACCAUGCCUCUGGCUAGAGAUCUAUUACACCCUUCCUUGGAAGAGCAAAAGAAAAAACAUAAGAAGAAACGGUUGGUUCAGAGUCCAAAUUCUUACUUCAAGGAUGUGAAAUGUCCAGGUUGCUACGAGAUUACUACAGUUUUCAGCCAUGCUCAGACAGUGGUUCUUUGUGUAGGUUGUUCAACAGUGCUAUGCCAGCCCACAGGAGGAAAACCCAGGCUCAAAGAAGGCUGUUCAUUUAGAAGAAAGCAACACUAAUCAUCUAUACAUGUU